CUGACGCAACGCUUUUCGGCCGUCGUCUCAUGGCAGGACUUCAGCGAGAGACGCCAUUGACCGCGUUUAGCGAUCUGGUGAAGGAGUGGGAAAAGUGUGUGGCCCAAGGAACCAGUCGACUCACGCAGAUAGCUAACGCCAACCAGAAGCUAUCGCAUGCAGAUGGGGAGUCGUGGGCAGGGCUCGCCGAUGCCAAUGCGUUGCAUGUCACGCUUCGCCACAAGCUGGAGAGAGAAGCCCAUCAGUGUUGGCAACACCUAAGUGACAUCCUCGACCAACUCGGCGACAUCAUCGUCAACAUGCGCGCCUUGUGCUUUCUCGACGUGUCGUCCUCCAGCCAAGACUACGAAAUCGAUCCGACACUGUCGCGUCUGCAUUACGACCUGUACUUGCAGCAACUGGUCGAGAUGUACCAGCAAGAGCUCAUGGCCAAGGCACUGAUCGCCGUGGACAUCGUCGAGUGUUACGACCACGACACCGCCGUGGUAUACAUUGCGUCUUGGCAAAUGCAGCCAUUUGUAAAUAAACCAAAGCAGGACGACUUAGCGCAGUUGUUGGCCCCACCGGCGGCAAAAAAGCCAGAGUCCACGCACAAAUUGGUCAAAUAAGAUAAAUACUAAGGUUAACGCAAAGAAGGGGGCAUCUAGUGUAUCUAUGGCAGAUUGUGCCGGUCGUUAUUGAAUAGAUUUGACGGAAGCACAGUCAUGGCAUCGUGAACCCCGUCACAUCC